AACGGAGAAAGAGUUCCUAGCCGUCAUCUAUGCUUUUGACAAAUUCCGGUCUUACCUCAUUGGCCAAAAGGUGAUUGUCUACACCGAUCACUCCGCCAUCCGGUACCUCAUGAAUAAAAAGGAUGCUAAGCCACGACUAAUCCGGUGGGUGCUUUUACUCCAAGAGUUUGACCUUGAGAUUCGGGACAAGAAAGGAAGUGAAAAUCUCGUAGCGGAUCACCUAUCUCGCCUUGAGCCAAAUACCACCACGAAAAUAGAGGUAAUUCAUGACGAUUUUCCUUAUGAGCAGCUCAUGGAAGUAAAGGGAGUUCCCUUACCUUGGUUCACAGAUUUUGUGAACUAUCUUGCCAAAGAAAUUCUUCCCCAAGAGCUCACUUUCCAUCAAAGAAAGAAAUUUUUACAUGAUGUCAAACAUUACUAUUGGGAUGAGCCAUAUCUUUUCAAGCAUUGUGCCGAUGGAAUUAUACGACGGUGUGUUCCAAAUGAGGAGAUGUUAUCUAUCCUUGAUCAUUGCCAUAAUCUUCCUUGUGGAGGACAUCAUGGACCGGACCGAACCGCGGCUAAAAUCCUCCAAUGUGGAUUCUUUUGGCCAACACUCUUUAAAGAUGCAAGGAGCUUUGUCCUAGCUUGUGACCGUUGUCAACGCACCGGAAAUUUGAGCCGAAGGAAUGAAAUGCCACAAAACAUGAUUCUUGUGGUUGAAAUAUUUGAUGUAUGGGGAAUAGACUUCAUGGGCCCUUUUCCUAAAUCUCAUGGCAAGGAAUACAUCCUUGUUGCGGUUGAUUAUGUGUCUAAGUGGGUGGAGGCCAUUGCUCUACCGGACAACAUGGCCAAAUCGGUAGUAGAAUUUGUAAAAAGGAACAUUUUUUCAAGAUUUGGGGUUCCCAGAAGUAUCAUUAGUGAUAAUGGUGCUCAUUUCAAGAAUACCCAUUUUGCCGGCCUCCUAAAAAAAUACGGGUGCAUGUUCAAAACCGGUGCCACUUAUCAUCCUCAAACUAAUGGUCAAGUGGAGGUAUCCAACCGUGAAAUAAAAUCCAUUCUUGAGAAGACGGUCAACUCUUCAAGGAAAGAUUGGUCUCUAAAGCUAGAUGAUGCCUUAUGGGCAUACCGGACGGCCUUUAAAACCCCACUCGGUAUGUCCCCUUUCCGGCUUGUUUAUGGCAAACCAUGCCAUCUCCCUGUGGAACUUGAGCAUAAAUCUCAUUGGGCUAUCUCUCAACUGAACAUUGAUACCACCCUUGGGAGAGAAAAGAGAAUGCUCCAAAUCAAUGAACUAGAAGAGCUCCGACGGGAUGCAUAUGAGAACUCCCGUAUCUACAAAGAAAAGGCCAAAGUUUGGCAUGACAAGAACAUUAACCGGAGGGAGUUCUAUGUCGGACAAAAGGUAUUACUCUUCAACUCACGGCUCCGAUUAUUCCCUGGAAAGCUAAAAUCCCGGUGGUCAGGACCAUAUACAAUCACCGAGGUCCGCCCAUACGGAUCAAUGAUGAUUCAAAACGGUGACCAAACACCAUUCCUUGUAAAUGGUCACCGGCUCAAGCCAUACAUGGAGUACCAUAUCACUUCGGCAACCGCCGCAUGCCAAUUGGAAGAAUAGAGGUACGUUGCGUCCGGCCUACGACGUUAAACUGAGCGCUAAUUGGGAGGCAACCCAACACAACAAAAAAAAAAAAAUCAAUUAUGAAUAAAUAUGUUUGAGUUAUAUUCAUUUUUUUUAUAUUUGAUCAAAAAUCACUUAUAAGUAAAUAUGUUUACUCACAUAAACAACAUUCAUAUUUAUUCAUGCUUGAUAGUUAAAAAAAAAAGAAAAAAAAAAUAUAUAUAAAUUUUAAAGAAAGACCGGCGCCGGUUAGAAGCAACCGGCCCCGGUCCGAAACAGAGAGUCCGGGGCGCAACAAAAUGGAAGAACCGGCGCCGGAUGCCCUAUAACCGGCGCCGGUCGCGGCGAUUUAAACAACAACCAGGUCGCGAUUCAGAGCAAACAUUUUCGAAAAAAAACCUCCCAACUCCAAAGCUCUUCGCCGGCCACCACCCCAAACCACCCAAAACCGCCACCCCCAAGCUAAAAUUGUUCCAAAAGCUUCAUUUUUGCAUCAAGCAUCAUCACAAAAAGCUUCUUCAUCACUCUUUGAACAUCAAUCCAAGGUUCCAUGGCUCCUAAACGACGAAAUGAUGCUACUUCUUCCUCUUCAUCCGUACCACGUUUCACCUCCCCGGAGAAUGAGGCUUGGUACGAACAAAGAAAGAAGUGGAAGAUAGUGGUUGAGAAGACUGUGCAUCCUGAGAUCGACGCUCUGUAUCGACUCUCCAACGCUUUUGACAAAUUGGGAUGGGCCGUCAUGCUUACUUUGACUGGGGCAUACUACCCGACGCUUGUACGGGAGUUCUAUGCCAAUAUUGAGAGGAAAAUGGACCCGUAUGGGGAUAUUGUGAGCACGGUUAAAGGCACAAAAAUCACUAUUAGCAAACAAAGAUUGUGCAACUUGCUUCAUAUCCCAAACGUCGGUCGUCCAGUUGAAAUGAACUCUGUAGUGGUAAUCACCGACCCCGCUUACAAUGAGGUAGAUGUCAUGAACGAAUAUGGAUUCGGUGCAGAUCUUGGGGCUCGUGUUCUUGAAGCAAAAGAGAGACUUAUCGCAUACCUUCUUAGCUUCAACAUCUUGCCAAGAGCUAGUGACACGCAUGUACUUCGGCGGAUGGACCUCUACCUAAUGUAUAAAAUGAUCAACGGACUUGGACAGAUCGAGGGUAUUCCUUUGGCUCCUUUAAUCAUGACGGAAAUGAGGGGCGUCGUCAAAACAAAAAGAGGUGACAAAAACUUUAUUUUUCCUCUUUUACUUACAAUGAUUUUCAGACAUUUUGGCGUCGACCUUUCAAAUGAAGAAGUGGAGUACACCUCCGAGUCCCAAGUCUUGAGGCCACAUACUAUGGUAGCCCUCCAUUUCAAGAAGGUGGGUAACGAAUGGGUUCGGAAGGAAGAAAACGGCGACCAAGAGAUGGGUGAGGCUGAAGCACAACCCGCAGGGCGGCCACGACGGACUAUGGCACAGGGGAUCGACUAUAUUUGUGACUCCAUGGACCGUAUGCAUACGAGGAUGAACUUGUACGAGGCUAACCAAGAGGACCUCCGUACCCGUCAAACUAGGAUGGAAGAGCAUUUGGACCGCAUUGACCGAAGGUUUGGGCAAUUCACCCAACACUACUAUGGUCAAUUUGGACACCCCCCUCCCGAUCCACAAAAUUAAACUCCCAUUCUUGUUAUUUCAUAUGACAUACUCUUCUCUAAACACAUGCUUUGUGGAUGGUGAUUGAAGUUUUAUGCUCCUAUGAUUUAUACAUUGGGACAAUGUAUCUUAAGUGUGGGGGGGUGCAUCUCAAGGGUAGCUAAACAAAAUUUUGUGUGCAAAAUAUUUUUUUUUUUAGAAAAAAAAAUGAUGUUAAUUCUCCUUUUAAUGGGUAUUUGGUUGAGAAAGUUUUUUUUUAUUAUUCACAUAAAAAUAUCAUUUUUUUUGGAUUUUUACACUACCUUUUACUCUUGAAAACCACUUCCAAAAGAACUCUUGUGAUUAGGAACACCAUCUUCUUUCAUUUCCAACAAUGGUUUAAGUACAUCUUAAAUAUUCAAGAACCAUUGUGGAAAACAAGCCACCCUCAUAUCUCAUCAAAUAAAUUGGGAUGACCAAAAUAACUUUCAGUAGAUGCUUGUUGAGAACCAAUUCAAAUGAGUUAAAAAAAAAAAAAAAACUCAUGAUCUCUUUCAAGAGUUUCAACUGAUCCACUUCUAUACUGAAAAGUCAAAUACACCAAAGAGCCAUCCUACACCCAAAAAAAAAAAAAAAAAAAAAAAAAUCCUAGUCACAAUCCAUUCAUCUCCUCUCAAGAGUAUAAGUAAUUUUUCUAAAUCUAAUGAUAUUUUUUGUGUUUAAUAGAAAAAUGGGUUUUGGACCGAGAACGAAAAAAGGAGUUUACAAACAUUUUUUUACCUCUCUUUAAAAAAUUUAUUUUGUGCAUAUAUUUUUGUUGAACUAACCAAGGCAUCAAAAGGCGACAACAUUGCUCGAGGACUAGCAACGCUCAAGUGUGGGGGAAUUUGAUAAGCACAAUAAUUACUUAUGUUUUACAAAAGUAAUUACAUUUAUCUGUACAAAAAUGUGAAGCAAAAACAGAUAAAUAUUCUCGAGUUAGCGGAAACAUGAAAUACGACAUGGAGCAAUAAAAAUAGGGUCAAAAGUCAAAAGGGAUCGAAAACCGGCACUUCGGGAUCAAUUUCGGGCAUCAAACGAAGAAAAGAAGCGAAGUACAAAAUUGGGCGCAGGGACCGGCGCCGGAGUCCCUAUAACCGGCGCCGGUCGUCAGGAUUUUUGCCCAAAUCGGGCCUGUUUCCAACCGGCGCAGCACAACCGGGGCAUUUUUGCAACCAACCGGCGCCGGACAUGCUAUAACCGGCGCCGGUUGUUCCGAUUUUUUGCUAAAACAGUCCGACGUGCAGAAGAUUUCUGAUGGGAAAAACCCAUCUUCCUCCAUAUCUGAUCAAAUAUUGCUUCCAUACCCGAUUGUUAGGCUUGAAUAGACUAAAAGAUGCCAUUCUUUAGCCUAUAUAAAGCCCUUAAUUCAUCAAGCAAAUACAUUCCAUUCCAUAGAUUAAUUCUUAGCUUUUAUAUUUUUGUUCUUGGUAUUUUCUUCAAGUUCUUGAGGAGGAAACUUCAACCUCCGAAACCAUUGGUGUUUAGGAAAUAAUGCCACCCACAUUGACACUGUGAAAGGUUACUUGGAUGCAAAAUUUAGUAUUAAAGACUUGGGAAAAUUGAAAUUUUUUCUCGGAAUUGAAGUUGCUCGUUCGCACGAGGGUUUUGUCUUAAGUCAACGUAACUACACUCUUGACAUUCUAAAAGAAAGUGGUCUCCUGGGAAGUCGUCCUAGUUCAUUCCCCAUGGAACAAAAUUUGAAACUUCUUCCAGACGAUGAUAGCCCAACUGUAGAUGCCCCUUCAUACCGCCGUCUUAUUGGGAGAUUACUAUAUCUUACAGUAACUCGGCCAGACAUUGUUUACUCUGUUAGUCAGCUUAGCCAGUUCCUAAACAACCCCCGUCAGACUCAUCUUGAUGCGGCCUUCCGGAUACUUCGCUAUCUGAAACAGACACCUGGAUAGGGGAUUUUUUAUCAUCUGAUACUGACUCAACUUUAAAAGGUUAUUGUGAUGCUGACUGGGCGGGCUGCUCUUUUACUCGUAGAUCAAGCACUGGUUACUUCAUCAUGCUUGGAAACUCACCAAUCUCUUGGAGAACAAAGAAACAAUCGGUUGUCUCUCGCUCUUCCGCUGAAGCAGAAUAUCGUGCCAUGGCUGUCACGGUUAGUGAAAUUUUAUGGCUGCGAUGGUUGCUCCAAGAUCUAACGAUACCUCAAAAAGGUCCCACGUCUCUCUAUUGUGAUAAUCAAGCAGCACGACAUAUUGCUCUUAAUCCAGUUUUCCAUGAACGUACCAAACAUGUUGAAAUAGAUUGUUACUUUGUACGAGAAAGGGUUGCUACUAAUGAGAUACAACCCAUGCCUGUCUCCACAGCCAAUCAAGUGGCCGAUAUAUUCACCAAAGCACUCGGUACUGAUCGUUUUCAGUUUCUACGCAGCAAGUUGG